UUCGAUCCGUCGAGCAUAACGUGUUGUAAGGAGUACGUUAGACACUCUUCUCUUGCACACUCGUUGCGUCCGAAAUAGUCAUCAGACAAUUUCUCUUCUCGUAUAAUCAAUUCAUUCAAUGUAAUUCUACGCGAAUGUAACCAACUCGCGAUAAAAACUGUAAAAACUGUGUGUGAUAUUUGUGUUGUAAAACAUAAUAUUUAGCCGAAAGAAAAAGAAAAAAAAAAAGAAAAGAAACGAUAUACAAAAGUGAACAGAAACGAAAAGAAAAACGAAAUAUCUCGAUCAUACGAAUCUCAAUCGUUAGCUCGUGCGCUCACUUUGGUAGGUUGGUUCGAUCGAUAAAUACACGGGGUGCGUGCACUGGCGUUCGGCAAAUAAUCAACCGUACGUUUUAGAAGGUGUGCUUGCUUGAUCGAAUUAAUCAUCGACCCAUAUCUUUUUCAACUUUUAUCUGCUGCUUGAACCGGUGUCCAGCAAACAAAUUCUCGCACGUCAACGUCGACCAGAAAAAUCGAAUCGAGUGGAAAAAUACGUACAUAUACACGCACAACAUGAAAGCGAUGGUGGUGAGCCCGGUGGGCGGUAGAGUACCGCCAAGUCGAGGUGUCCUGCAUAAUAGUCUCGGAAUCAACGGAACUCGUCGUGACCUGGAAGCAGAAGAAGUAGCUGCUUACUUAACGAAAUUGAGAUCUCUGGUGCCCGACAUGCCGAGGAAACGGAAAUUAUCGAAGCUCGAGGUUAUCCAAAGGGUUAUCGAGUAUAUCUGUGAUCUUCAAACAACUCUCGAAGAGACGAAUGUGCAUAAUGAAUCAACUGUGGCAAAAACGACGUCAAGACAGCCGUUACAACCGUUGUUGAACGCGACGACGACUGUCCCAACGACGACAACAACAUCGACGACGACCACGAUAACCGGAAUGGUCGCGGAACGGUGACCUGUGUCGGCAAACGAGUUACAGUGAGGUCCAGGUCGCUGCAAGCUUCUCGUCCUCGUGGGCUGACGACUUGACCUCCAUGUUUCGGCGUUGAGGAACUGUUCGAGUCUUCUUCAGGGAGUUAAAUCGAGAACUCGGCUCGUUGUGGUAACGUUUUGCGGCGUAUGUUGGAUAGUGGAUGUUGCCUUAACCGUGUUUUGUGCUCGUCCUCCACUGUAUAGAAAUUUCUCGAAGAUUCGAAGGUCGAAAAGGAAAACAGGGAUAAGAUCUUGGUGCUCAAGUAUCUGGCAAAAAGAACGAAAUGUUUCGAGAAAAGAGCGACCUAACCUAACAUCGAAAACGAUGCGCUCGAAGUAUCGAGGCGGCGCCUGAGAGAAGAGCGAAGAACGAUGCGAAAGAAGGACGACGAAGCGGGCCGAUUACGGCCGAUCUAACUUCUUUCUUCGAGGAAAGAUGUAAAUACUUGUACAUAAAACUCACCGCAUUCCUCGCACGAGAUCUUUCUUCUCAUCUUCAAUCGAUUCGCUUCUUUUAGUCCAUCCAACUUUUCGCUUCCAACCCCGAGAUUCUUGUAAUCUUUUCCUAAUCCAAGCUGUGUUACACAUGUAAACGACGAUCGCAUUAUCUCUUUUCACCGAUAAUUAUCUUAUUAUAUUUUAUAUCCAAACAAUUACGAAGAUUGUGUCAUUCUCCUAUUUUGUAACUUUGUAAUUUAUCCUUUCGAUACAAAAUUCGAUCAGUGAUGAAUUCGAUUUGAAAUUUGAAAAGAAAAUGUUUAUCUAUUAAAUUUUUCUCCCAAAAGUACAGAUAUUUAUUUAAAGAUCGAUGAUAAUUAAAAUCGAAUUGAUCACGUUUCUAAUUGUAAGCAUACAACCCUCGUUCACAACUGGCCAUGAAUGGAUUUCCCCCUCCUUUUCUUUAAUAGUUUUCGCGUGGAAGAGAAAUGUUUAUCAUCACGUUGAUCAGAGUCCGUAUUAUUUCAACUCCCCCUUGUAGAUAAUAAAGCGAAUUAUUUGUAUUACUGAUCGAUUAAUCAUCGAUAUUCUAUAUUAUUAUUAUUAUAUAUUACAUGAUUAUUAUUAUUAUUGUUAUUGCUUUUCAUAUUAUAAUUUAGAGAUUUCUCCAUAACUAUUGUAUAUUUGCGAAGACUGAAAGGCUGUAAAAUAUAAGUAUACUUGAUACAUGAGUUUGCUACACUCGCUCAUGUAUGAAAAUAAAAUACAAACUGUGUCCAUGCAAUUA